UAACUUACUUACUUCCUUACCAUGGCACGUACUAAGCAAACGGCCCGCAAGUCCACCGGUGGCAAGGCGCCCCGCAAGCAGCUUGCCACGAAGGCAGCUCGCAAAUCUGCUCCUGCCACUGGAGGUGUCAAGAAGCCCCACCGUUACAGGCCAGGAACCGUGGCCCUCCGUGAGAUCCGCCGUUAUCAGAAGAGCACCGAACUGCUUAUCAGGAAGCUGCCUUUCCAGCGCUUGGUGCGUGAAAUUGCCCAGGAUUUCAAGACUGACCUCCGCUUCCAGUCCUCCGCUGUCAUGGCCCUCCAGGAAGCUUCCGAGGCUUAUCUCGUGGGUCUCUUUGAAGACACUAACCUGUGCGCCAUCCACGCCAAGCGUGUCACUAUCAUGCCCAAGGACAUCCAGCUGGCUCGUCGAAUCCGUGGCGAGCGUGCCUAAUAAGUGUGUCAUCCAAGGCAAGCAAGCAACAACAAA